CUCCACAUGCUGGGCCAUAUCCACAUGUAGGACCAGCUCCGUGUGCUAGACCAGCUCUGUGUGCCGAACCACCUCCUCCCGUGGGACCCCCUGCGUGCUCGGCGCCGGUUGCGUGCUCGUUCUGCCAGCACAACGGCGAGGCCCCGGGCGUGUACCAGAGCCACAGCCUGCGGGACGCCCAGGGCCGGCUGCAGUGCCCGGUGCUGCGCAGCUACGUGUGUCCCCAGUGCGGCGCCACGCAGGACCAGGCCCACACGCGCCGCUUCUGCCCCCGCACGCACCGCGGCUACACGUCCGUCUACGCGCGCCCCGCGCCCGCCGGCGGCGCCAGGAGGAGGCCGAGGGACGCCAGCAUGUAGCCGAGGGACGGAGGAGCCUGUGUCACCGCGCAGGGACUUCUCCAGAGGAUGAGACUACGGCGUGGAGCUCGACUGGGACCAGUCUUGGAGCUCCACUGGGACCAGUUUGCCCAGUUUGUGCCGCCUCCCGACGCCGUGGCACCCGCAGGAGUCGUGGCACCCCAGAUCUGGGUGCUGCCAGCGGGGCCAGCUCUGAGUUUUGGGUUCU